CGUUAGUUCUCGCUCAUCGCUCUACGCGUUCGGUUCGGUUGCGGAUUUGCGCUUCUUGCGAUAUAUCUUGCGAAAGUUGGGAUUGCUUGGGCUAGUCUUUCGCCGCACAGAGCUUAGCCGAGCACGUGAAAAUUCAAAGCAACACUGAAAGCCACCUUCUCUUUGAAUUGAGAGUUUUUAAAUUGGUUUACACUGCCGGGCGGUUGUAAUCUGUUUUGUUGUUAUUUCUAAUUUCGCAUGGUUGUUUUGUGUACGGUUGCCGAGAAUACUUUUUUCAUGGUUUGUUUUAGUUAAAUAUCAUUUCCGUGCCAAUCGUUUCUUGGUGACAACAAGUAUCUAGUAGUAAGCUGCUGUGUUUCAAAUGUGUAAGCUUUUCGGUAAUUGUUACAAGUGCGCAGAAACUAUUCGUCGUUUGGCAAGGCUAGUUUGUUGAAUUGUUUGUAUUCUGAAUAUAUGCUGCAGAAGUGUUCGAGUGUCACCGAAUAGUUUCGUUCUGCAGUCAAGUCAUUAUUUGCGAUCCUGCGGUUUUUCUACGACCUGGAAUGGUCGGUCAUUGUUAUCAUAGCGUACGUGUCAUCCGUUGAGUCAGUUCGACAGUGUUCAAAGUUAUCUCGCACUACAACGCUUCGAGAAUGUAUUUGCUUUAGUUCGUGAGCUGAUAUCGUUCUACUUAAAACAUCCGUCUAAUCUACGGAAAGGUGUUUCAAGAACAAUACCGCACAAAAACAAUCUACCUCAUCUCCCAUCGGACUACCCCCCAACCAAUAUACAGUGGUCUGUUGGUAAACAAUCUUGUAAACGUAAGUGUAAACAAUCGCUCUCAGGGUUGUGCGGUGUGCGAAAGAAAAUUAAGUACCAAAGAAACCAAAAACCAUGCCCAGCAAAUUAGCAGCCGCUUGCAAAGAUGAGCUUGGUUUCCGGAACUGCGGAAUGGGACAUUUUGCGGCUGAGGAGUUUGUCAAAUCACAGUGGCAAUCCCGUUCCAAGUCGACCAUCUUUUUGUUGUACCGGCUAGCGUUGGCCAUCUUUUUCACGGCAGUCGUCGUCAACUCGAUCGUGGCCACCGUCACCCCGGAGGACUGGGGCAAGUACUUCAUCUACCUGACGCACUGGGGCAUCAUGAUGUGCAUGGCAACGAGUGUAAUGGGUGCCGCCCUGGUCGCCCGCUGGUACUUUCACCCGGAGUACUCAGAUAAAGUAUGCAACUGCGACGAUAUGCCACGUUCCUUCAAGAUCUACUGGAUAAUGCACAACAUUACGCUGGUCGUAUCGGUUUGCAUCACGGUCAUUUACUGGGGCAUUCUGCAUAAUGAGGAAAUGCCCGUCGAUGCCAACAACAUCCUGGUCCAUGCCACCAACUGCGUGUUCAUGUUUAUCGAUCUCAUCAUUGUGGCCUACCCAGUGCGAAUAUGGCACGUGUUGCAACCGAUCUUCUUCGGGAUGCUGUACUGUAUAUUCUCGAUAAUCUACUUCCUGUGCGACGGAACUGACCGGAAAGGACGUCCAUUCAUCUACAACGUGCUGGACUGGCGCUAUCCUCGCCAGGCUAUGGUGACUGUUGUGGGAACGAUCGUGCUCUCAGUUAUCGCUCAGCUACUGAUGUAUUUCGCUUACAGAGUGCGCAGCCAUGUCUACGUGCGCUAUUUCAAUCCGAAACCGAUUCUGUCGACCAAUUCCACGAUCAAUCUACAGCAUGGUAAAGGGCGUGACGGUAUCUCGAUGGUGUAUGGCACUGAUAACUGCGGAUUUACCGCUAGUGAAAAGUAUUAGAACUAGAAAAUCAAUCUAACAGUUCCGUAGGUUUUUAUAAUCUCUGCCAUUGGGUUCUAUUGAAAUUAGGAAAUAGUUUUCAACAUGUUUUUUUUUUCGAAAGUUCCGUUGAACUAAGCUCAAAAAUUGGAAAUUACUGAAUUUCAACAAUUUUUUACACGUCCACGUAACAUAUACAAUUGUUAGAUAUGUCGUAAGAUAGAAACACAGGCGGACUUUUAAGGCUCACUGUUGAAAUGGAACAGUUUUGUUAGUAGCUGAUUUGCUCGUAAGAGGGGAUUAUUCACUAAGAAUAGAUGAUAUUCGUAAUGAAGAGAAAAGAAUGAUUGUGAUACAAUUAAAUGCAAAUCGACAUGAGUUCGUCUGUGAUUUUAAGGAUCCUAAUCAGCAAUCAAUGCAGGUGUACGAUUAACGUUAUGGUCAACGUCCAACUACUUUAGUCAUUAAUAUUCCAAACAAUAUCUUCCACUCCCUUACACUUGUACUUUUGGCACCUAUAUAUUAACGUUCAACAGUAAAAGUAUUAGGUAUUCGAGUAUUAAGCCUGGUGUAGUGGUCUAGUGUCUUAAAGACAAGUCAAAGAAAUGAAAUAAAGUUAAGAAAUAAUAUCUAUCGCAUUAAAAUAUAUUCGUUAAGCUGUGUCCAGUGUAUUAUUUAAUAUUACUCGAUGAACAGAGGAAAAGGUCCUAAUCAGCAAAUCACGGUUUUCCUUUAUUUACUUUCCCUUUCAUUCAAUACUACAUAUUCCUGACUUCCAAAAAAAAUCUUGAGAGGUUCGUGGAAUGGAUUAAGGUACCGGUGCACAUGUUUUGAAAAUAUUAGAACUCCUUAAAGCUCUUGGUUUACUUAUAGGCAGAAAGAAACUUCAAAUCACUAUGUCCACUAGCUGCCAGAGAUGCCAGGUAAAAAUUUCAAAUAUCUUCUGUUGUCUGUCUUCAACAAAAUUUUUAUUACCGAACGAUCAGUAAUCAAUUGAAUUACCGAAUGUUCAGCUGUUGAAAAAUCGGUGAAAUUUGUCGGUCGGAUUCGGUCCGAUUCUCAAACCGAUUGAUAAAGCAGGAAAAACUUUCUGUAAUAUUACUUAUAUUGUUGGAAAACCCCGACCCUCCCCGGAAUUCCGAUAGAUUUCCGAACCAAUCGAUUGGGGGCGAAAUUCAUUCGGAAUCGGCUGUUGCACUGGUUUAGAAUUUAUUCGGAAUUCAUUAUGAUUUCCACAUGGAAUACCGAAUAAAAAUGUCUCGCCAAUCCGGAAUUCAUUCGGUUCUGAAAAUAAGGGUUCUAUCUUAACAAUGUAAAUGAAUUCAUUCCAAUAAAUACAUUAAAACAACAAAA